AUGACAUCACAGGCGGGGUACUCCCCUACUUCUACUUCUACUCUUCCCCUCUUGUUCUCUAUAACCUCUCAAUAUCACUACAACAUGUCUGGAAUCAGCAAAGCCUGUUGCUCAAUCCCUCCUGUCGUCUCCAAGGGCUACCAGCCCAAGGGAGAGUACAAGACCAUCAAUGGCUUGAAGACAUAUGUCACUGGUCCUGAGGAUGCCUCCAAGGCCAUUAUGGUGGUUUACGACAUCUUCGGAUUCUUCGACCAAACCAUCCAAGGCGCCGACCUUCUCUCCACUUCGUCCGAGCAGAAAUACCGCGUCUUCAUGCCCGACUUCUUCGAAGGCUCCCCAGCAGACAUCUCCUGGUACCCACCCACAACAGACGAGCACAAAGAGAAGCUAGGCGCCUUCUUCUCCAACCAAGCCGCACCCCCAAAGACACUCUCCAAGAUCCCCACCGUCGUCUCCGAAAGCAACAAACUCGCCCCCGGCGGCGCGUUCCAAUCCUGGUCCAUCCUGGGCUUCUGCUGGGGUGGCAAGAUUGCUGCGCUGUCAUCCGGCGCCGAUAACAAGCUGUUCAAGGCGGCGGCACAAUGCCACCCUGCCAUGGUUGAUGCAAAUGACGCCAAGGCUGUGAACAUCCCCAUGGCCUUGCUUGCUUCUGGAGACGAGCCUGUUCAGGACGUCAAGGACUUUGAGGCGAACCUGAAGGGUCCUAAGCAUGUUGAGACUUUUGGUUCGCAGAUCCAUGGCUGGAUGGCUGCUCGGUCUGAUUUGGAGAAUCCUGAGGUUCGCAAGGAGUACGAGAGGGGCUACAAGACUGUUCUUGGGUUCUUCCAGCAGUACUCGUGA